AUGAGGAGCGGCGUUGCUGGCAGGUGGGGAGUGUUUUUGUUUUGGGUUGAAGUUGAGGCUGAGAAGAGAGAAGAGCUAGCGACGAGCAGUCGUCGCCACUACAGCGGGAGGAGGAGGAGGAGGCCCUGCUGGAGUCGAGAGGUCUCUCCUCCCCGCCGACGGCCCCAUCCCGCUGGUCCUCUGCCUCGUCUCGGUACCGGAACUCCGGGGCCUGCCCGGGGCCCCCAGUCUUGCACGCCGCAGCGCCCGGCCCCGGCCGCACCCGCCGGCCCCAUGAGGAGGGACGUGAACGGAGUGACCAAGAGCAGGUUUGAGAUGUUCUCAAAUAGCGAUGAAGCUGUAAUCAAUAAAAAACUUCCCAAAGAACUCCUAUUACGGAUAUUUUCUUUUCUGGAUGUUGUUACCUUGUGUCGCUGUGCUCAGGUCUCCAGGGCCUGGAAUGUUCUAGCUUUGGAUGGCAGUAACUGGCAGCGAAUUGACCUGUUUGAUUUCCAGAGGGAUAUUGAGGGCCGGGUAGUGGAGAAUAUUUCGAAAAGGUGUGGGGGCUUUUUACGAAAGUUAAGUCUUCGUGGGUGUCUUGGAGUAGGAGACAAUGCUUUAAGAACCUUUGCACAAAACUGUAGGAACAUUGAAGUACUGAAUCUCAAUGGGUGUACAAAGACUACAGAUGCUACAUGUACUAGCCUUAGCAAGUUCUGUUCCAAACUCAGGCACCUUGACUUGGCUUCCUGUACGUCAAUAACAAACAUGUCUCUAAAAGCUCUGAGUGAGGGAUGUCCACUGUUGGAGCAAUUAAACAUUUCCUGGUGUGACCAAGUAACCAAGGAUGGUAUCCAAGCUCUAGUGAGAGGCUGUGGAGGUCUUAAAGCCUUAUUCUUAAAAGGCUGCACACAGCUAGAAGAUGAAGCUCUCAAGUACAUAGGUGCACACUGUCCUGAACUGGUGACUUUGAACUUGCAGACUUGCUUACAAAUCACAGAUGAAGGUCUCAUUACUAUAUGCAGAGGGUGCCAUAAGUUACAGUCCCUCUGUGCCUCUGGCUGCUCCAACAUCACAGAUGCCAUCCUGAACGCUUUAGGUCAGAACUGCCCUCGGCUUAGAAUAUUAGAAGUGGCAAGAUGUUCUCAAUUAACCGAUGUAGGCUUUACCACUCUGGCCAGGAAUUGCCAUGAGCUUGAAAAGAUGGACCUGGAAGAGUGUGUUCAGAUAACAGAUAGCACAUUAAUCCAACUUUCUAUACACUGUCCUCGACUUCAAGUAUUGAGUCUGUCUCACUGUGAGCUGAUCACAGACGAUGGAAUUCGUCACCUGGGGAACGGGGCCUGCGCCCAUGACCAGCUGGAGGUGAUUGAACUGGACAACUGUCCCCUAAUCACAGAUGCGUCCCUGGAGCACUUGAAGAGCUGUCACAGCCUCGAGCGGAUAGAACUCUAUGACUGCCAGCAAAUCACGCGGGCUGGAAUCAAGAGACUCAGGACCCAUUUACCCAAUAUUAAAGUCCACGCCUACUUCGCACCUGUCACUCCACCCCCGUCAGUAGGGGGCAGCAGACAGCGCUUCUGCAGAUGCUGCAUCAUCCUAUGACAGUGGAGGUGGCCAGCCUUGGUGAACUGAGCAUUUAAUGACACUUCUAGAGUUACCGUGGAUCUCCAUUGGAAGCAACCCCAGUGUUCCGGGCAAAGGUUACAAAGAGAGGGCGGCGUCCAGAUCCCCAGAGCCACACAUAAAUAUGCAUACCCACUCUCACCCUGACCCAGUCUGUCUCUGUGACCAGGGGACUGAGUUCGUGCUGGCUUUAUCAUGUGGAUUGGUAAAACUUAACCAUUCCUGUUGGAUGUGCCCAGAAGAAAAUCAUAACCAAGGUAGAUGGAAGGGGGCAUUCCAGCAAACCCAGUGUUACUGCUACUGUGGUUUCUUUAUUUUGUUAAGGGGUUUCUUUGGCAAUUUUGGAACAGCAACUGCAGUCCUCCAGGGUCAAGGAAAGCAUAGAAAAACAAUACAUGUUGUAUCAGGGACCAGAGGGGAAAUUUCUUUGCAUCCUGUAAAUGGUAGCCAUCCAUUGUGAGAUGACUAAAGAGCUGCUGUGCUUCCUUGUUCCCAUGCCAACAUGCUGAGCAUGCUCACAAAGAAGGCUUGUCCAUUCCUCCUCCUGUGUUUUAGUAUUUGGCCCAGAGGUUUGCUAAAUGGUUGCAUUGAAAUCACUGUGGUCCAGAUGUGAUGACUUAUUCACUCAAAUUGUCAGCCUCUGAGGCACACUGUGCACCUGUCUUUCAUUCUCUGCUGCUCCCUCCUGCACUCUUGCUCAGUCUGUCAUCUGUUCAUAGUCUGCUCACUCACACUCAGUUGUUACUCUUUUGCUGCUGUUGUGUUUACAGUUUGCAUUUUGGAUGAUUAGUUGGGGUUACCAGGCAUUUUUAAAAGAGACAUUAUCAAUAAAUAUUUUUUUAAUUCUAAAUUUUACCAUUAGGGGACCCUGCCUGAAUCUUUGCCAGUCAAGAAAAAUUAUGAGAAGAAGUUGAGCUAAGACUAUUUUGAUGAAAACAAACUUUGCCUUUUGGUUUUUGUUGUAUCUUGUGAUAAAUGAUAAUAUGCAUGAUACACCCAGUAUUCCCCCCUGCACAUUUUUCCUUCCAUCUAACUUAAUGAGGAGAGAGAAAUGCAUUAUUAGGAAAGAGUGGAAUGGCAAAUCCCAAAGCUGAAACCGAAAGCCACCGCCACCAAAGCUCAAAUAUUGUGUAUUGACCAAAAUCUAGGUGUGGUCAGUGGCAUCUCUUGAUUUGUGCCUGUGAGAUUUGUCCUACUUUAGCAGGAAUGCUGCUCGAGGAGUUGUGCGAUUGAGCUGGGCUGUUUCUCUUUUUUUCCUCCCAUUUCAGCUUAUCAGGGAUGCGAGAAUGACCCUAUCACAGCUGGUCAACUGUACAUCAGUGUUUGGUAUCAUAUCUAAUGUUGGAGCCUCAAAGGACUAGAACCUUUUCAGAACCCAUCAGCCAUCUCUCUCUUGAGCUCCAGGCUUUCCAUGAAUGAAAUAUCAGAGAAGCCAGGUAAAGGCAUUGGGGUGGCAGAAAGAGAACAUUGAGAGGAAGUAGGGGGUUCAGUGUCUUGGGCAGCCUGGUCACCAGAACUUAGAGCAGAGUAUUCAUUGCCCAUGACUCAAGAGUCAAGAAGAAGUUCCCCUCAUCAAAAAAAAAAAAAAUCAUAGAGGAUGAGGGAAGUAAAAUGAGUUUCUAAAGUAUAAGAAGUAGAUUUCUAAACAUCAAGGUAAGAGACCUUGUGUGAUUUUUUUAAUAGGGUGACUUUUGGUUUUUUAGGACAUUAAUGUGCAGCCCGCCACAAUCUUAGGUCAUCUUCUACAUGAUCCAAGCUGUUAAAAGGCUUGUUUUAAUGCUGCAGGUGUUAGUAAUACAAGCAUAUGUAAGAAUAAAAUGUGAUUUACUUUUCCAUAAGCAAUUAGUUGAAAAGGUCCUAGAAAUCUACUAUCCACCAUUAGUUAGCAUGUUAAAUUUGUUUUAAAUCUUAUUUUAUUAUUACACCCUUUUAAAAGCUUAAGUUAUGUGUAUUUUUCAUUUCCUUUCCCUUAUCCUCUUUUCAGGUUACCACAUAAGGAAUAUAUUUUUUUAAAGUGAAACCCACUCUCCUGGCUAUAUCCCACAUAUAUACAUAUACACAUUUCCACACACACUUCUAGAUGUGGUUGAAAAUAUUCAGAUCCCCAGGUAACUCACUCCGACAAAACUAAUAUAUAUAUGUAUGUGUGUAUAUGUAUUUAGGGGGCAACAGCUCUAACGUACAAAGUUUAAAAAAAAAAUA